CUUGCAUGCUCCGAUAGCGUGCGCGACCAAGUGUCAUUCGGUGUCAUCGUACGGUGUGUAGUUGCCCAUAGUUAGCAUAAUAUCAGCUUUUUCGGGGUGGGCGGUGUCUCGAUUUUAGUUCUCGCGGCCGUCUGAACGAUUCGAUUGUUUCGAUCGUCCCUUCUUCGCCCUGUCACCAUAAAAUAGACAGACAAGAUGACCGAUUCAAAGUAUUUUACAACUACAAAGAAGGGAGAAAUAUUUGAGCUUAAAUCAGAACUCAAUAAUGAGAAAAAAGAAAAGAAGAAGGAAGCUGUAAAGAAGGUUAUUGCUUCUAUGACAGUUGGAAAAGAUGUGUCCGCGUUGUUUCCUGAUGUGGUGAACUGUAUGCAGACUGACAAUUUGGAGCUGAAAAAACUGGUGUACCUGUACCUGAUGAACUAUGCCAAGAGCCAACCAGACAUGGCCAUCAUGGCUGUCAACACGUUCGUCAAGGAGCUAGCGACAUCUCCGAUGACAAAGGACUGCGAGGACCCAAAUCCGCUGAUUCGCGCGCUAGCAGUUCGUACGAUGGGAUGCAUACGCGUCGACAAGAUAACCGAGUAUCUGUGUGAGCCGCUGCGUAAGUGCCUGAAGGACGAGGAUCCGUAUGUACGCAAGACCGCAGCCGUGUGCGUCGCCAAGCUUUAUGACAUUAACGCUGCCUUGGUCGAGGACCAGGGAUUUCUGGAUCAAUUGAAGGAUCUCCUGUCCGAUAGCAAUCCAAUGGUUGUCGCAAACGCAGUAGCUGCCUUGUCCGAGAUCAACGAGGCCAGUCCGAGCGGUCAACCCUUGGUAGAGAUGAAUGCACAGACCAUAAACAAACUGCUGACGGCGCUAAACGAGUGUACGGAAUGGGGCCAAGUUUUCAUUUUGGAUUCACUGGCGAAUUAUUCGCCCAAGGAUGAUCGCGAGGCGCAAAGCAUCUGCGAAAGGAUCACACCGCGUCUGGCGCAUGCUAAUGCUGCAGUCGUGCUUUCUGCUGUCAAGGUGUUAAUGAAACUGAUGGAGAUGCUGCAAUCCGAAUCGGAUUUUGUCGGCACGCUGACGAAGAAAUUAGCACCGCCUCUCGUCACGUUAUUGAGCUCCGAGCCAGAAGUUCAAUACGUCGCUUUAAGAAAUAUUAAUCUUAUUGUGCAAAAGCGACCAGAUAUUCUAAAACACGAGAUGAAAGUAUUCUUCGUCAAAUACAACGAUCCAAUAUAUGUAAAAUUAGAAAAACUGGAUAUUAUGAUUCGUUUAGCGUCGCAGGCCAACAUCGCGCAAGUUUUGUCGGAGCUGAAAGAAUACGCCACCGAGGUCGACGUGGAUUUUGUAAGAAAAGCUGUCAGGGCUAUCGGUCGCUGUGCCAUAAAAGUCGAACCGUCUGCUGAACGUUGCGUCUCCACAUUGCUAGAUUUGAUACAAACCAAGGUGAACUACGUUGUUCAAGAGGCGAUUGUGGUAAUAAAAGAUAUCUUCCGCAAAUAUCCCAAUAAGUAUGAGAGCAUAAUUUCAACCUUGUGCGAGAAUCUGGAUACACUUGACGAACCCGAGGCGCGUGCUUCUAUGAUUUGGAUCAUCGGAGAGUACGCGGAACGCAUCGAUAACGCGGAUGAAUUGCUAGAGAGUUUUCUGGAAGGAUUCCACGACGAGAACACGCAAGUGCAGCUUCAACUGCUUACAGCAAUCGUAAAAUUAUUCCUCAAGAGACCGACGGAUACGCAAGAGUUGGUUCAGCAAGUACUCAGUCUGGCCACGCAGGAUUCCGACAAUCCCGAUCUUCGUGAUCGCGGUUUCAUUUACUGGCGGCUGCUCAGCACCGAUCCCGCGGCGGCUAAAGAGGUGGUGCUCGCGGAAAAACCUCUGAUCUCGGAAGAGACGGAUCUGUUGGAGCCGACACUGUUGGACGAAUUGAUUUGCCAUAUCUCCAGUUUAGCGUCUGUAUAUCACAAGCCUCCCACGGCAUUCGUGGAAGGUAGAGCCGCGGGUGCCAGAAAGUCCUUGCCCGCUAGAAGCAACUCGAAUGAAGAGUCCGCCCGCACAAAUGCACAGCCUCACGCCCAGGUUAUACCCGCGCAAGAUUCUCUAAUAGGCGAUCUCCUCAGCAUGGAUAUUGGUGGACCAGCAAUUGUCACACCGUCACCCGCGCCACAAUCCGCAGGAAUAGGUCUGGAUCUGCUAGGCGGCGGUUUGGACGGAAUUCUAAGCAAUACUGAUAACACAACCGCAGCGCCGGUCGUUUCCCAGAGUACGACGGGUCUCCUCGGCGAUAUAUUUGGCUUCAACCAAGGCCCCGUGUCUUAUAUACCUCCCAAAGUUAAUUGGCUACCGGCCGAAAAAGGCAAAGGUUUCGAUAUCUGGGGCACAUUCACUAGAAAGAAUGGACAAAUUAGUAUGGAUAUGACUUUCACGAAUAAGGCGAUGCAACCUAUGGGAGGAUUCGCGAUACAGCUCAACAAAAACAGCUUUGGACUAUCGCCGGCGGCUCCGUUGCAAGUACCGGCUCCCUUGAAUCCUGGAGCAAGUAUAGAAGCGAGCGUUAUAUUGUCUACUACAGGUGCAGUGCAACGUAUGGAGCCUUUAAACAAUCUUCAAGUCGCUAUCAAGAACAAUAUCGACGUUUUCUAUUUCGCCUGUAUUGUACCAAUGAAUGUGUAUUUCUCAGAGGAUGGUCAAUUAGAUAAGAGAGUAUUUCUUUCAACUUGGAAAGACAUACCUGCACAAAACGAGGUACAAUAUACGCUGAAUGGAGUAAUGUUGACCGCGGAUCAAGUUGUGCAAAAAAUGCAACAAAACAAUGUCUUCACAAUUGCUAAGAGAAACGUGGAGGGACAGGAUAUGCUUUAUCAAUCUCUUAAGUUGACAAACAAUGUCUGGGUGUUAAACGAAUUAAAGAUUCAGCCAGGCAACCCUGAUGUCACAUUAUCCCUAAAAUCUCGAUCUGUGGAAGUCGCUCCUGGAGUAUUUCAAGCAUACAACGCAAUCUUACAUUCCUAAGUUCUUUUUUUUUUUUUUUAUUAAUUAGGAUAUUGCCAUAAAACGCAAAAUAUAAAAGAUAUAGCACGCAAGCAUGCGCAGCAGCCUAUUUAUAGCUAUCUGUUACAUCCGCGUAUCGUGCAUGAGAUUUGAGUAUCUUGAAAUACCAUAGAAAUCUCUUUCUGUUACAUAUUGUCAAAUUUAUUAUAAAAAUGAUCAUUGACGUGUAUGAAAAUAAAAAUUU